AUGGCCAACUGGGCUUGUGGGUCCAGAUCCCGGGGUGAGAGGCAGCAGGAAUGCACCCGCCGCACGCAGCAGGCUCUCGAAUGGGUUGAAGACGUCGUUGUGGCCAUUGGAACUUGGGCACAACCAGUCUCAGUUGGACCGUCGCGACUUGGCAAGAUGGGCUUGGCAGUUGGAUACGUGGGAAUGCACUUGGACCUGGGCAAGUCGUUGGCGUGGAUGCGGUGGUGCAAGCAAACACGCAGGAGAGUGGACCAGCACGGAAGCUUACAGGAGGAGGAGGAUGUUGAGGAAUUGCAGGGCGUUGGAGGCUGUGGAGCUAUGUGUGAGUCUAACAUUGUCUAUCCUACCGUGUUGACGACACUUGGUGUCGGUUGGACUGCCGCCUCUAGUAGAGGCAGCUGGGCGCAUACGAGGGCGGGUGGGAAUGGACCUGGAUGCAGGCAGGUUGCGUUAGCAGGCAUAGACGGGCACGAGAAUGAACGGACAGAAGUGGACAUUGAGGAGCUGUGUGGUGGCGGCCCAACUGCUCGCACAACGGACUUUCAGGCCUUGUAUCCUGCCCUGUCGACAACGAAUACGCUGUCAACAGCGAUUGGACCGCCGCAACUUUGGGGGGAGUGGGCUGCUGGUGGCACGGCAGGCGGGAAUCCACUUGGACACGGGCAGGUUGUUGACGUGGAUGCGGUAGCAUGA